AUGCGUAAUAUCCCAGUGUCCUUGAGCCUCGACAAUGAGGACUUGGUUACCCUAAAGGGUAGGGUUAUUCUUGUCACAGGUGGUUCAUCUGGUAUCGGUUUGGCUACUGUCAAGCUACUACUCUCAUUCGGGGCUAUGGUAGUCAGCGGUGAUUUGCAGCCUCCCCGAAACCAGAUGAAAGGUACAUUCGAAUUCGUCAAGACGGAUGUUACUAGAUGGGAAGAGCUACUAGUGCUCUUCAAUAAGGCCAAGGAGCUAUAUGGCCGUAUCGAUCACGUUUUUGCCAACGCCGGUAUUGGACCACGAGCUGAUUACUUGUCUUCGCGACUUGACGAGAAUGGCAACCUGAUGGAACCCUCUAGCCAGAAUCUCGACACAAACCUCAAAGGCGUCAUCAAUACCUCUACUCUGGCGAUUCAUCAUAUGCGACAGCAAAAAGACGGGGGGAGUAUCGUUAUCACUGGAUCCGCAACCGGCCUGCAACGAUUCCGGGCCGUUGACUAUACCACUACCAAACAUGGAGUUCUCGGUUUCGGACGAGGACUUAUCCCUUUGCUUGCAUCUGCUCAAAUUCCGAUACGUGUCAAUACCUUGGCACCCAGCUGGACUGACAGCGAGGUCGUCCCUUCCUUGAAAGCCUUGCUGAAUAACAUAAACGCGGACGUACAACCAGCGUAUGCAGUAGCUCGCUGUGCUUGUUACCUCAUGGCCGAUACCUCUAUGAAUGGACAACUCGUUCACGUAAAACGUGGAAGGUACGUCGAAGUUGAUGACGCUGUGUUGCUUCCGGCAUACGAUAAGGUCAAUGGCGAUGGUUGCCCGAGUGAGGAUGAAGCUUUCGAGCGGCUCGUAGCGCCAGCUGCAUAG